GACCAGGCAAGCGUCAUUAUAUCGGACCAUAUGGACGUCUGCUUUUAUAUCCUGUAUUUUAAUAAACAAGUCGCACAAAUUGGAUAACGAAUAAAAGGCACGGAUAGAAGGCAAGAGCAUCGAAAGAGAGGCAAGUUUGUUCUGCAUUUUCGCAGAGUAGGCUACCACUCGAGUUUCAGCAUGCUGCUCUGAAGUUCCUAUUCGCCAAGUCACGUUUUGUAAGGCUGGCUGGGAGAGAGAGGGCUGUCUGAGAGUAUGCUGGACUGGAUGCCUCGGCCUGUCAGCUCUGCAGUGGAUUAAUAUUAUUCCGGUACAGGAGGGAGCCAGAUUCCCGUGUUGUGUGUUCAUCGUGCUGACACUAUUAGACAGACAAGAGGGGUGGAGCUUUAGAGGUGGACCUAACCAAGGACAACUGUCUGGUUUCUUCUCAGUGUAUGGUGCAGUUUCUCACCUGAUGCUGAAGGGAUCCUUCCAAUGUUGACUCUUUGAUCUUCCCUUCAACCCAAGGGCUUCUAAAUGACUAGACUACAGAGGGGAGUGCUAAAGUAUUAGGCCUCGCUGAGGCAUUGGAUUGAAGUGUGCAAAGUAAAAACAGCAGACGUGAGUGAGUGGCACAGGAGAUCUCAGUUGGAGCCUGCCUGAGGACCUAUCUAUGAGCCUAUGACUGUGGCCAUGACAGCCUCCGACAGCAGCUUCCAGUACCGUGCGCUCUUUGAGUACAAACGGGAACGUGGUGAUGACAUCAGCCUCCAGCCGGGGGACGUCCUGACGGUCCUGAAAGCCUCCCUAAAGGACUACCAGGAAGGGGACGAGCGCAGCCCCAAGGGAUGGCUGCACGGCACCAACGAGCGGACCAAGGAGAAGGGCGACUUUCCUGGGACGUUUGUGGAGUAUGCAGGGGUGGUGAGGCAGGUGCUGCCUGUGGUCAAGCCCUGGCCCAGGCCCGUACCCCCAACCCCUGGGGGAACACAGAGCAGUGUCGGGCCCGGGCCCCAGCCUCCAGGGGCCACUGCAGCAGGAGGUGGGGGGCCAAGGGAGGCCCCAGAGGUGUGUGCUCUGCCUGAACAGGCUCCUGUGGCGCUACACAGGCUGAUAGAAGCUCUGGAGAGACAAGGCUUGGAGAGUGAGCCACUGUACCGGACGCCCCCAGCCUCCACCGGACCCCCAGAACUGAGACAGGCUCUUGACACAGACCCAGUCUCAGUGGAUGUGGACCAGUAUGAAGUGGCAGUGUUGUCUGAUACUCUGAGGGGUUUCCUCCAGGACCUGCCCUCCCCCAUCAUCCCAGCUGUGGUCUACAGUGAACUGGUCUACACUGCCCAAGAAACUCAGAGCAUAGAGGACUGUGGCGAGAAGCUGAAGAGGAUCCUGGAGUCCCCCAGCGUGCCCCAGGCCAACCACCAGCUCCUGGUGCACCUCACCAGACACCUGGUCAAGGUGGCCCAGAGUGAAGCUCAGAACCAGGCCAGCCCCAGGCUUCUAGGCCAGGUCUUCAGUGAGACCAUCUUCAAACACUCCCACUUCAGUGCGGACGUGAACCCAGAGCACCAUGUGAAGAUCAUGGAGGCCCUGAUUGCAGCCGGGGGACUGGUGGAAAUGCAGGCAGCCCCAGCUCUUCCUCCCAAGCCGGCCAAGCCCAUGACUCCAGUGAGCAGCAGCAAUGGUGUGAAGGAGGGGGCUGGGGGGUCGCUACAGGAAGCAGAAUGGUACUGGGGAGACAUAUCAAGGGAAGAGGUGAAUGAUAAGCUGAGAGACAUGCCUGAUGGGACCUUCUUGGUUCGGGAUGCCUCCACUAAAAUGCAGGGCGACUACACAUUAACACUGAGGAAAGGGGGGAACAACAAGUUGAUCAAAAUCUACCACCGGGAUGGGAAGUAUGGUUUCUCCGACCCCCUGACAUUUGGUUCUGUGGUGGAGCUGAUUAGUCACUACAGACAUGAGUCCCUGGCCCAGUACAACACCAAGCUAGACGUCAAACUCAUGUACCCCAUCUCACGCUACCAGCAGGAUCAGCUGGUGAAAGAGGACAACAUUGACGCGGUGGGGAAGAAGCUCCAGGAGUACCACAAUCAAUACCAGGAGAAGAGCAAGGAGUACGACCGGCUUUAUGAGGAAUACACCAAGACCUCACAGGAGAUUCAGAUGAAGAGGACGGCCAUCGAGGCCUUCAACGAGACCAUCAAGAUCUUCGAGGAGCAGUGUCACACGCAGGAGCGCUACAGCAAAGAGUACAUCGAGCGCUUCCGCCGGGAGGGCAACGACAAGGAGAUCGAGAGGAUCAUGAUGAACUAUGAGAAGCUUAAGUCUCGUCUAGGGGAGAUCCACGACAGUAAGAUUCGUCUGGAGCAGGACCUGAAGACCCAGGCGCUGGACAACCGAGAGACGGACAAGAAGAUGAACAGCCUCAAACCUGACCUCAUCCAGCUCCGCAAGAUCAGGGACCAGUACCUUGUCUGGCUCAAUCACAAAGGAGUUCGACAGAAACGAAUUAACGACUGGCUGGGGAUCAAGAACGAGAACACAGAUGAAGGGUACUUUGUGAGUACGGAGGAGGAUGAAAACCUGCCCCACUAUGAUGAGAAGAGCUGGUUUGUAGGAGACCUGAACAGAACCCAGUCUGAAGACCUUCUACUAGGCAAACCUGACGGAGCCUUCCUCAUCAGGGAGAGCAGCAAGAAGGGCUGCUACGCAUGCUCCGUAGUUGUGGAGGGUGAGGUUAAGCACUGUGUGAUUUACAGCACGCAGAGGGGCUACGGCUUCGCUGAGCCUUACAACCUGUACAGCUCUCUGAAAGACCUGGUCCUGCACUACCACCAGACCUCCCUUGUCCAGCACAACGACUCGCUCAAUGUGCGCCUGGCCUACCCUGUCUACGCACAGAUGCCCUCAUCCUCCGGCCCUGCCCCACGGAGAUGAGCACCCCCCCCCACCCAGCCCCAGGAUGGAUGAGGGGACAGGGGGUGGGGGGGUAACUAUUACCCAGAACCUGAGAAAAUCCCUGAGAUGGGGGGGAAAGUGGGAAACACUUGCUGCGACACACACGUCAGCCACCUUGGAGUUAUAUAUAUUUUUACUAGAACAAUUGGAGGGCAUUCUUUCUAAAGACUGCUUGAUUUGCACAAGGACGUUUUAAAUGUUUGUGAAUGUGAAAAAACUGAAGGAAAAGAGAAGAGCCGAGUUUUAGGUGACCAUGCUGCAACCUAAACUCCAGCCAGGGCUCUUUUACAGAUUUAACGACAACACGAAGACGCUCAAUUUUAAGGCUUUGUUUCCUGUCGUCCGUCUGUCGCCCCAAUUUUUUCUUUCCUUUUUCUUUUCUGGUUUUGUUCUCUUUCUUUUUUUAUUUGGACAAUUUAUUUUGUUCACCGCUUGUUUGCUAAAUGCAAGAGAUGAUGAUUAUAAUGAUGUCGAGUGUAUGUUCUCUGUCCCUUUCCGAAUCAGAAGCAAAAAUAAUGUAGCAUAACAGACAAAAGACGCUUGUUCAGUGUCCCUCCAUAUAGACUGCUGCUGAAGGGUUGGGGGGGAGGGUGAAGGUAAGGGAGAAUCGAAGGGAGGGAAGAGUCGAGAGGGGUUACAAGCGAGAGAAAAAUGUUUUGUAGUCUUAAAAGAAGGAAAAAAAGCUUGAUUUUAUACUAACCGUAGAUGGAGAGUGAGUUUGUUUUCUUGAUGGCUGGAUCAUAUUUCCUAUGACACAUUGUAAGUCAUGGUAAAGUCAUGUCGUUAUAGUCACCUACAGAGACCAAAGUUGGCAUGGCCAGAAACAAGUCCAUUGUGUUUUUAUUAGUCUGUAUGAAUGGAGAAGAUUGAAAAAGAGUGGUUGCUUUGUUUAAUACCACACACGAAACAGAGUUUGGGCCCAGUGCUCGUGCACUAUAAGCUCUGAGGGGAUGGUACGCACAGACGGAGACGGUCGGUAGGUUUGACCGUCUAGACGGCGGUCAUGGGUCGGGGUAGAAGCACUUAUCUAAGAGGAGAGCCCAGCCAAGGCGGCACCGUACGGUUUGACACCAAAUCCCAAAACUAAGGAGAAACAAAUGACCUUAGAACCUGAAACAUGUUUGUUUUAAACAAAAUAUUAUUUGUAGUAUAUGCUAAUGUCUGUUUAAAACAAACGGGGAACCUUUGAGAUAAUAGACUUUGAACUGUUUUAGUGUACACAAAGCAGGUAGGGAGGGGGGAGUUUCAAAUUGAAGACGAAUGCUUUUGAUGAUGAUAAAAACUUGAAGAAAGUGCAAUCCAACAAUGUAUUAUGAUUAUUUAGGUUAGCAGUCACCCGGAGAGCUGAACGAACCCAGCUUCCAGACAGACUCGCAGGAGAGAUAAUCAAAGUGCACAUUGAAGCUUUUGAAUAUAUAUUGCUUUUCUUUUCUUUUAUUUCCUUUUUUUUGUUUUGUUUUUGUUUGUGUUUCACUCAAACUUCUUACCCAGUGCUUGACUUUAAGACCAGUGGAAACAUUUCUGUUGAAAAUAAAAUAUUAUAACAUCGCACAAUAAAUAUUGACAAAAUGACAAACAACCACAAUGUGCAAUUUUCCAGUCUAUUCGGUCACCUCUACUCCCUGAUAUGAAACUCUCUAUUCUGAUUGGCUGUUGUUUGGCCACUGUGUUACCAUUGGCUCUCCUUGCUGCCUAUCUAACCAGCAGCCCCUGAGACAGACAAUGGACCAGUGAUGUCAAAUAUGGUGGAUAAAUUAAGAUAGUUCACUCAGGCCAUUUACCAUUGAAAAUAAAUUGACAAUUUCUGGUCUACUUAACUGGGUGUUUCCACAGACACCAAUAGACACCAGUCCUGUCUACUUAGUUCAUUUUCUUUCAUUGAACCAGAAAAAAAACAGUGAGUGGGUUAUUUCACUUCCUCAUCCAUCUCCGAGUGUCCCUGGGGUCCUGUCUCUCCCAGACAGUUGUCCCCUCCCUGCCUGUUAAUCUUAGGCCAUAUUUAAGGCCUUGUUGACAGGAGAGGGUAGCGCUGCAGCAGAGGGGUGAUUUAAUGACCCUGGAAUAGAACAAACACAGUGAUUUUUAAUCAAGCCCCCUCCAAAUUUGCACCUUACUGGACAAAUGUUUUGGCUCAAUUGGGGGUAAAGACACCACUCCAGUGAGGUUGACUACCAAAAUUGAUCUAACAGAUUCAGAGUUACACAUAAAAAAAACUGGAUUCAAAUAAGCAACUCUCUUGUCACACUUUGAAAACAAGAGAGUUGUAUAUUGUCUGGAGUCUUCACUAAACUACCAGUGGAAAUCAGUGAAGUGUAUGGGGUCACACCAGUAAGAACCAGUGCUCAGUGUGUGUGAGAAGGAAAGUUGAGGCCAUGUUAUCUAAGCCAUGUGGUGGCGGUGAAGUGGAAUCAUCAUGGUGAAUGAAUGAGUGAAUGAUACAGUCUUGGUAAAAGCCCCCCGAGUAUCUAUCUCCCUGUAUCUCCUCCACAACGACACCAUACGCUUCUGCGAAUCAUCUUUAUCUAACAUGCACUCCCACCCCUUGGAGUAGUGCACUAAGAUAAGCCAGAUGAGGCAGUGGGGGGGGUCACUAGGUCACAGUCAGUGCUGAAAGCCCUUGAUAAAGAACACAUGCAAGGGAGGAGGAGGGAGAAGGUGUGACACUCCCUCUCAAGACUAGAGGAGAGAUGGGUUCUCCCGUAUUCAGUCUCUCCCUGGUCUGUAUGUUCUGAUGUGCCUAGUAACAGCUGUUAGGGUUAUGGUGAGGUUUAGCUCUUCUGUAUAGAGUGUAGUGGGGUGUGAUAUGGUGUACUGGGGAGGGAAAGGGGUUAGAGGUCAUGUUGAAUGUAAAACUGGAUCAGGCUGUUCUGAUAGAUGGACGUUUGUUUGUGUCUCCUCGUCCCUGUUUUCUUUGGCAAGGACCCUCAUGCAGGAUGCUAGGAUACCCUUUUGCCACAACAGUUUCAUAACAAAACCCACUUUAAUCUCUGGACUGGUAAAAAAACAGGUUUAACAACACCCAGACAGUAGACCUUUUGUCAUUAAUUAUAAUGGUGUCUACCUGGUUCUAAUCGUGUCUAUCCACCUCAGUGGCCCUGCUCUGUUAGGUUUGUCCACUGAGGUAGCUCAAGAGCCUGUCUAUCUUCACUUCAGUCUCCUCUCCUUCCUUAUCCUCCACCAUGGUUUGAAGGUUGUUAUUUUGUUGACUUUUAGUUCUUUCUUUUUUUUACUAGGAGCCCUAUAGGGCCCUAACUCUAUUACUUGAACUAUUGCAUUGCUCACUGUUGAAUGUCUUUAUAUAGAAAUAUACAUAUAUUAAAUAAAAUAUCUGUUUUGUUGUUCUAUAGUAGUGAGCGGGACUGGGUUGACUUUUAAAUAUAUAUAAUUAUAACAUGUUUAUGUCACAGAAACAGAAAUACAAGUAAGAUUCUUUGCAAGGAGGGAAAGAUACUCAGAAAUAUACUAAGAUUACGUUUGUUGAUGGGGGGGGGGGGCUUGUCUGAUAUCGCAAACAUCACUCUUCAGAGAAGACAGGGUGCAUCCGAAAUGGCGCCGCAUUUCCUAUAUAGUGCUUGGGAAUCGCGUGCCAUUUCAGACGCAGACACGGUGUGACUCUGUCUCAUCUUCAGUUGUUAUUCUCCACUGUGAGACAAAGCAUUUCCUUUACUAAUCUAUGAUGCUGAAAGAACACAUACUAUUUUUGUUCGUGAUUUAGUUGUUCCUCUACUCCCCCUCCCCCCGGCAUUGAGACCAAAGAUUUCAGUUGACUUUAUUUUUAGCCUUUAGAUGUUGAUAGUUUGAAAGGGAUGUUUGUUUCCAUGUUACAUGUCAUUUCCAUUGCCUUGUUUCCAGAAGAACUCAGAAGUUAAUAUGGUACCGUAGCUAGAGGUAAUCAGAGUGAGUGAAUAUGGGUAGCCUAGUGGUUAGAGUGUUGGUUGGACAAGUAACCGGAAGGUUGCAAGUUCAAACCCCCCAGCUGACAAGGUACAAAUCUGUCGUGCUGCCCCUGAACAGGCAGUUAACCCACUGUUCCUGGGCCAUCAUUGAAAAUAAGAAUUUGUUCUUAACUGACUUGCCUAGUUAAAUAAAUGUCCCAUACAGUUAGCUAGAAUCCCCUGUUAGUGAUAAUGAUGUUGCUAAUUAGCAAUAAAAGUCAUUAUUAUGAAGUAUAAUAGUAAUGCAUUAUUGGGGAUAGGUGUUCCUUGGUGAUUUGAGGUAUUCGAUCUAUACCAAAGAACAUUUGGAUGUCCUUACCAAGCAGUGUGGUUAAGGAGGAUAUUUUGCCACACCUCUGUCUUUUGUCUAUUCAAAUUAGACUGAUAGUUUUCACCGCUCUGAAAGUGAUGAGAGAUAGAAGGCAGAUUUAUUCCUAUGUCAGGGUUUAAUUUGAAUGAUUUAGCAAGUCUCUGCACCCAUGAUGUGAGUGGCUUUAUUGGUCUACAAUAUGUGUGCCGUUGGUGUGAUUCCUCUUUUAGUUUAGUUUGUGAAAGACCUCUUACUUCACCAAAAACACUCCCUGUGUCUUGUCUCCUUGUUUUCUCACAACACAGUCAUAUAUUUGCACACGUUGAUCCAGUCGGACGUACGGUUGCUCUCUCUCUCCCUCUCAGCUUUGGAAGGAAGUGAAUAAGACAGAUACACUUUAAUUUCCCCUUGUGUCUAGUGGUUUGUCUUAAAAAGAGAAGAAGUGAUUGUCGUUCUUCUGCGGGACAGAAAGCAAGUUUCCCUUAAGUUCUUUCACUCCAGAAUGCAUGCGAUAUCCCUUUCCUUUUCUGUCAAGGGUCAGGGGUCAGGGACAGAGGAGUAAUGCGUGAGAGAGAUGUUCUGUCUGAGAUUUAGUGUUUUUAUUAAAGAACAGCACCUUUGUGUUUCUGUCAGUGGGAUAUGACUUGGGACAAGGUGUGCUGCACAUACUACCAAGACAUUUCGAAGAGGUUAGGACGAACCAAAAUAUCUUAUUCCCCAAGUUUACUUUUUGACUGUUUUAAUCGUUUUCUGUGUGAAAACAAAACUCUUACGUUGGAGUACAGGUACAGGACAAUGCAGGCUUAGGUUUCCUAUAGCACCACAAGACUGUUAUAUAGCUAUAAUGUCUGUUGUUCUUUUUCUUCUUGCCCCUCAAGCAGUUCUGCAGAGUUUCAUUUGCAGCAUGCAGCCAGUGGGGGUUUGAAUAUGUUGUGAUUCUCACCAGGAGUCGUGUGUGUUCUUAGCACUGCUAUCUGAUCACAAUACCCAGCACAGCUUCAUAGGAGUACAGCUUCUUAUUAAAAAAAGAAAAAGAUUUAGAAAGAAAAAGAGAAAACAAUUGUUUGUUAGAAAAAAAUGUGUGUAUCACACUGUCCCCUAUCCCUCUUUUGACAUACGUACAGAUCCAGCAUGCAUCUUUGGUACUCGUGACUGUUGUUUUUGUGUUUAAAAAAAUAAAAAAUUGGAAAAAAAGAGGUGUUUUAAAGAAAAACGGUUGUUUGACUGUUCAUGGUGUAUUCCGAUCUGAUUUGAAUCCAGCUAACUAAACAAGUCACUGCUUCCAGCUGAACCAAGUUACAGUCCUAUUAUUGUCCGUUUAUAGCGUCAUAAGUAUGUAAUACUGAGAAAGAUGAACGUCACAGCAAUAGAAAACGUGUGUUCAUUGCGGUCUGUUUGGCAUGUUGAAACCAACACGUUUCCCCAUAUCACAAUAUCUGUCAAUGUUUGAGACCGACAAUAUAAUAUGCUUUGAAUGUUUGACCUGUAAAGCAUUUACUGGGUUGCUUACAGUACACAACUUGAAACUCACAUAAUCAAACAGUUAUUCUUAUUUCACAGAAUGCUCGCAGAAUUUCUUUAACACCAGCAGUUUUUGUUAUGUAGGCUACUUCUUAGACAAAAUACAAGCAAUAUGACAUUGAUCUACUUUUAUUUUUCUGUCUGCUUACUUUAUUUUGACAAUUACUGCUAAGUAAGUACCUACUCACAUAGACGUUCUGGUAUAUAAUUGUGUGUUUCUGGAGCGCCAUUGUGGUGUUGUUGCAUGUGGAUUGUGAUGGUGAUGACUUUACCUUGUACAGCCGGCUAUGAGUGGUGCUCUUACUCUCCAGACCAGUCAAACAGAGACUUCUUUCUCAGUAUUACAACGACGACAUACAUACCGUGCUUUUAGCUUCUAUAGGUAUUCCCUUCAUCAGUUUAAAGUUGUUUUAAUAACGCCACGGUACACUACUUCACUUUCUCGUAUCUGUUGCAAUGGUUUGUGUAUGUUGUAAAAAUCUCCAUUUGUUAUGAACUCAACUCUUGUACGUUAUCAAUGGAACUUCACUAUAUUCAUUUCUCUCGCAGAAUAAAGAAAAUAUUUUAUUCAAA